AUGCCUAGAGGCUGCGCCCUCCUGCUCGCCUCGCUGCUCCUCGCCGCGGCCCUUUCAGCCACCUUGGGGCUCGGGUCGCCGGUGAAGGAAAAGAGAGGCUGGACCCUGAACAGUGCUGGCUACCUUCUUGGACCACAUGCCAUUGACAACCACAGAUCAUUUCACGACAAGCAUGGCUUCACGGGCAAGCGGGAACUCGAGUCUGAAGACGAAGCCAGGCCAGGAAGCGCUGACAGGCGGCUGUUGGAGAACAAUGUUGUGCGCAUGAUAAUCGAGUUUCUGACUUUCUUGCAGCUCAAAGACGCCGGGGCCCUGGAGCGCUGGCCCGGCCCCGCUGCAGCAUUGCCCUCGGAAGGCGUGGAGCAGUCCUAG